GUGCUGUGGGGGCCGGAUAAAUGGCUUUGAUGGGCUGCAUCCGGCCCCCGGGCCUUAGUUUGGGGACCCCUGGUUUAGAAUGUAAUUUAAAAGGAUGACAGUUAAAGAGUGACAGUUGAGGCUUGAGUCUGUUAGAGUACAGAAGCCAGUGUUAGGAGUUAGAAGACAGUUCUCUUCUUUCACUCCACUUUUUUUUCAUGUCAGGAGCAACCGGAGUUGCUUCUGGAGUGAGAGAAUUGGCUGUCUGCAAGGACGUUGCCCAGGGGACGCCCGGAUGUUUUGAUGUUUUUACCAUCCUUGUGAGAGGCUUCUCUCAUGCCCCCGCAUGGAGCUGGAGCUGAAAGAGGGAGCUCAUCCACGCUCUUCCCGGGUAGGAUUCAAACCUGGCAGCUUUCAAGUCAACAACCCAACCUUCAAGUCAUGAGGCUUUUAUCCCCUAGGCCACUGGAGGCUCCGGUUUCACUCCACUAUCAAGACUUGUGUCACAUUGAUGGUGGAAACUUUUCCUGCAGCAAUCCUCAGAUUCAAAUGUAAUACAGUAGAGUCUCACUUAUUCAAGAUAAACGGGCUGGCAGAACAUUGGAUAAGCAAAAAUGUUGGAUAAUAAGAACGGGUUAAGAAAAAAGCCUAUUAAACAUAAAAUUACAUUAUGAUUUUACAAAUUAAGCACCAAAACAUCAUGUUUUACAACAAAAUUGACAGGAAAAGCAGUUCAAUACACAGUAAAGUUAUGUAGUUAUUACUGUAUUUACGAAUUUAGCACCAAAACAUUGCAACAUUUACUACAAAAACAUUGACUACUAGAAGGUAGACUGCCUUGGAUAAUACAGAACAUUAGAUAAGUGAAGCUUGGAUAAGUGAGACUCUACUGUACUGUGAAAUAUAGAUCUGGCUCCCUCAAUGCAGAAAAAGCAAAAAUUUGCACAUGCAAAGAAACAAUCUGGGUAACUGGCAACUAAUGACUGAGAGAAGCACAAUAAUUUUAGUGUUUUUGUUAAUUGUCUCAAAAGUAGAUUUCUUCAUAAAUGAAGCAGGAAAGAGGUAUGAUGGGAUGUCUCUCCCUACUAAGAAAGUGCCCACAAUGAGAAAUCUGAUUUCGUCUGAGAACAUGCCUGCGAAACUGAAGGAACCCCUUCCCAGUUUGUCUGACCCUUCAUUGGUUCUUCUAGAUGACGCUUUUCAUCCUGGUGUUGCCCUACAUCAAACAGAAUCUUAGGAAGGAAGAUCUGGGAUGGAGGUUUCUGGGCAUGAUUGUCUUCCAUUUAUAACUCUCCCAUGUAUUCAUAUAAUUUCUUCUCAAUUUUUAAAAAUCCUUAUCAGAGGAUGUCACUUCAUACUGUAUUCCCUUCCCUUUGGGGAGAUGGGGCGGAAUACAAAAAUAAAUUAUUAUUAUUAUUAUUAUUAUUAUUAUUAUUAUUAUUAUUAUUAUUAUUAUUAUUAUUCUGACAGCCAUGGGGAGAGGGACCAUGAACACCUCAUAAAUUCCCAGAAUGAUUAGUAACUACAGCAACCUACAUUCUUUUAAAAAGUAGCAAAGCCUUAAGCCUUUAAUUCUAACCCAUGGGAGUUAAUCUGUACCAGUGUGGACUGUGCAGUAGCAAGAACUUUGCAAACUGUAGUUAUAUUUGUCCCAUACUGAAAUGCAUCAAGGACGAAGAAGCCCUUAGGCUGAGUCCAUUCCACUUGGUAAUUAUUAAUUGUUCCACUGUGUGAUGAAGGAUAAUGGCAGCACAAAAAGGGUGGUCAGAGCCAUUCAGGAGGAUUGCUAACUGAUUCAGAAUGGAAAGAAGAUGGUUUCUUUGGUAUUGAUGAUUAUUCCAUAACAUUGGAACGGUGGGUCUUUGGGAAGGGCAUGGACCUUUUGAUACUCACCUCCAAUGCAGGGAAAAUAUAACCCAAAUGCUGGUCUAAUUCAAGAAUUCCGAAAGACCGAAGGCUUUCUUGUCUUGCCAGAAUGAGACAAGUUACUUUUUGGAAUGUACUGGAACACAUUUGCCGGCUGCUAGGGAUUUCUACCGGAGCAGUGCUCAUUGCUGUGGGUACAGACACACUUCUCCAGGGGCAGUUUAAGAGCCUGGCUGUCUAUUUGCUUAUUUCAGGUAUAGCCGUUUCAGUGUGUGAAGCAGCAUACUUUGCCAGUCUGUUCUUGGCCAUCGGUUCCAUCCCGAAGAUAGGAUCCAUGAAGUACAUUUGCUGGAAGCAAGCCAGACGUCGUGGAGCAUUCCAGAAGUUUCUAGCAUAUGUGCUGCUUUCGAUAGCCUGCUUCUUACACCCUGUGCUUGUAUGGCAUGUUACUAUUCCAGGUACAAUGCUGGUAAUCACUGGUUUGGUCUAUUAUCUGCUCAGUAAGCAAAAGAAAGAAACCACAACUAAUAGGCAAGAGCAACAUUGUGAUCCUUACGAUGGAACCGUGGUCACCGCUAGUGUAGAUGGUACUGGACAAACAUACACUUUCUGCAGGGAAGUUCACAAAGAGAAACACAGGUUCACUCUUCUGGAUUUGAAGAGUAUCUUCAGAGGCUACAAGAAGCAAGAUAUUGUCACAUCAGGCUCUUUAACCAUGUUGUCUACAAAGAGGCAAACACACUUAGAGGAAAAAGUGGUGGAUAUUAUCCUGCCUGUCAGAGAAAAUUCAGAAGAGAUGGAAAGCCUAUCUGAGGAAACCACAUCUGAUACAGCCCUCAUCCUUAAUUCCCAGACAAUUAAUAGCUAGAAUAAACUCUUUACCUGCAGCUUUUUAUGGCAAUGAUGUUUGCUUGAGAUUCUAGUGUCUGCCUCACAGAUACGCUGAUUUCACUCACAUAAUAGACCACAUUGCUUUGGACUAGUGAUAAGGGCCGAAGAUUCCCAUUAAUGCUGAUUAACAGGAAUACAUAUCCAAGAGAACUCUCUCCUAUUUCCUGGAAUUCAUUGUACUUUUCUCACUGAUGAAGCAGUUUGUCUGUUUUCUCUUCAUUCUUAGUUAUUCAGUCACUACUAUAGCAGUUGAAAGUUCUGGUAGCAAAUGAGGAAGACCACUGUGGAUCUAGCUCUCUGAUGUUGCUUAACAAGUAAAGACAGUACAGUGUUCCCUCUUAUUUCUGGAGUUACGUUCCAGGACCACCUGCAAUAAGUGAAAAUCCGUGAAGUAGGGACACUAUAUUUAUUUUAAUAUUUAUACAUUAUUUUAGUAGUUAUACACUAUUUUAAGUCUUUAUCAACCAAUCAUGUGUUGAUAAAUCGCCUCCUUCUCCUCCUGUGCCGCUUGGGCUCCUUUUCUCUCCCUUCGGCUUCUCCUUCCUCCCUUCCUUAGGCUGUACAUUGUAAUAUUUUAUGAUUUAUAAUAUUAUCUUAGAGUUUAUUGAAAAACCACAAACAGCGAAUUCGGGAAAAGUGAACCGCAAAGUAGUGAGGGAACACUGUAUACAGAAUCUCAAGAAAAAAACUGUGUUUUCCCCAGGUUAUUCUGCUUCUGGAUUUCAUGUAUUACAAUGGCUGUUCCUGUUUCUGCUCUCGAUCAUGUCCUAAAUGUGGAGUUUGUUUCCAAAAGGUACCAAAUCCAUUUGAACAAAUUUUACGGAACUGAAAAAACGUGCUGAGGACAUGCAUUCUUUGGCUAUAAAAUGCCAUUUUUCAAGCCCUGUUCAAAAGGGAUUUGAUAAAGUUUGAUCGUUUUGAUCUGGACAUAGCCUAUUAAAUCUAAUGCUCAUUUUUUUGGGCUAAAUGAUCUUGCCAGAAUUAGGGUGUGCAUUAGACUCACAUAAUAUGUUAAUCAUAGUGCUGAUCCAAAGCAAAAGGAGAAGCUGCUUUAGGAGCAAAUUAGAGCUCCUCUCUAAUUUAAUAGCCAUGGCUCAGUGCUAUGAGAUCCUGGGAUUUGUAGUUUGGUAAGGCAUCAGCAUCCUUUCGUAGAGAAAGCUUAAGGCCUUGUAAAACUACAGCCCCCUGACUCCAUGGCAUUUAACCAAGGCAAUUAAAGUGGAUUCCUUUUGCAGCAUAGAUACACCCCAAGAUUUUCCUUUCAAUUUCUGGAAGCUUCGGUGUCCUAACACUUUUGUUGUUAAAGAAGGAAUUCUAAGCAGGCAGCAACUACAAUGAUCAAAUAACAAAGAGUGCCCUUUUUGCUGCUGCACAUUACAUUCGGUAGCAUUUUUAAAAUUUCAAAUUUCAGGGUUUUGAACAUUGAGGUGCACACUAGAUUCGAUGGCACAUUAGACUCAAGUAAAUACAGUAAUAGUAGACUCCUAACCAAUAAUCUGGUGUCAUGUAUAACCCAUUUUUCUUUUUUCUUUUGGAUUUGUUACCUUUUGGAAACAACUCUACAAAUAUGCUAGAUCAGUGGUUCUGAACCUGUGGGUCCCCAGAUAUUUUGGCUUUCAACUCCCAGAAAUCCUAACAGCUGGUAAACUAGCUGGGAUUUCUGAGAAUUUUAGGUCAAAGCACCUGGGGACCCACAGGUUGAGAACCACUGUACUAGAGUUUCAUCCACUCUUUUUUUCUGAUGGAUAUGUGGUUAACUAUGGUAAUACUCCUAUCAAAACCUAAGGCUUAAGUAGUCCUAAGUGCUCAAGAGCUGCCUAUUUUACAAUUGUUUUCAAUUUAUUUUUUCUUUAUUAAGAAGCAAAAUAUGUGAUGCUUAAAAUAGAAAUAGUUAAACUCAUCUACUUUUACUUUGCAAAUUAUUAACACAUUUAAAUGGUUCCCCCAACAGCCUAUAACCAAAAUUUGAUCAAUUUAUUUUUCCAUAUAUUUUAUAACUACUAUUACCUCCUCCUCCUCUUCUGUUUAUUUAUACCCCACUUUUUAUCUCCAUAAAGGACUAUUUGUCUCACGUUGUUAUUAAACAAAUUGCUUCUACUUUCUACCUUUAUCCCUUAAUCCACAGGAUUCUGAAAAUAGCAGGUUAUAACAAGCUUUUUUAAAAAUAACUUUUUUAAAAAAAAGUUACCCCACAACUGGGACUCAUGGAGAAUUAGAGGCUGCAGUGGACCCUGGUGGGGUUUGCAUGCCAUGUACAACUGCACCUUCCUCACCCCCUUGCCAAGCAUGUCAUAGUCUUAGGACUAGGGCCUUUUACCUUGAGGUUGGUGGGGAUGGUAAUAAGCCACUCAACCUUAUUUAACUUUGUUGCAUUGAAUGCUCUUAUGCUCUACCAAGAGCCCAAGUAGCAAUUUACUUCAUCCUGACAAAUCUCACCAUAGUGGGCAUAAUGAAAUGAACAUGAACAUGAAAAAUAAUACGAACAGAGGAAACCCAGAAUUCCUCCUUGGGAAGUGCACUAUUAUUACAGAACUACUGUAUAUAAACAAGUCAUCCUAUAGCAGCAGCUGUUAGCAUUCUUCUCACAGUGAAGCCAUUGUUGGUGCUGUUGAAAGACAGAUAAGAAAGUUUGGACUAAAUCUUCUACUGUGCCUUUGAUGAAGACUUGAUUUCUUUUUAAAGUGUCUUUUUCUGUUCAUCCC